GGAGUCACAUUGCAGGAGAAAACGAUACGGUCAACGAGGGACGGGGCAGGCGCGUGGCAUUUCGGGAUGUUUGGAGAUGUUGUUGACGCACGGUUAUUAUUAUUAUUAUAGGAAGCCGUCAAGGAGCGCGUGUGAAGAUGUAGCAAGGACUAUUUGACGAGGAAAUUGUUAAUAAUAAUAAUUGCGCAGGGGGAGGACUUGUUGUGGAGGAGAAGGCAACACGAGUAGGACGCCAAUGCGGGAUCUUUUUCACUUUGUCUACGGGGCAUGACAGCGUAGUCCUAGAGAUGUUGUCCACGGCUCAGCAGAUGCUUCAGGACAGCCGCUCCAAAAUCGAACUCAUCCGCCUCCAGAUCAUCAAAGUGGCCCAGUCCGGCGUCAACGGCAACACCGAAGAGGGAAACCAUGAUGAGAACCGCGGGGAAACAGACGGUGACAGACAGGAAGGUGUGUCUGAGGGGGAGCUGAGCUUUCUGGAUCCCCGUGUGGCCGAGCUGCGUCACUACAUCCAGAGAGAGACAGACGCGUUGGCACUGGCCAAAGAUGUGGUCAGACAACUGCAGGGCAUCGCAUCACUGGACCACAAGGCACUACAGGAGGCUGAGUGCCGGCUGCAGGAGUCCUCCCAGAAGCUGGAUUUGCUGCAUCUGUCGUUGGAGAAUUAUCUGAAGGAAAGCGACUCUUUAAAGGAAAGUCAAAACGAAAACAAACCUGAACCUCCCCUCUCCAGCUCCUCCUCCAAUCACUCCAUCAGACCUGCCUCACUGACAGGUAAACUUGAAGUCACGCUGCUCAGCUGUGAGGAUUUACUGGAGCCCGCCUUAAAUUCACUUCAGCAAACAAGUCCCCAAAAUGGAGCCACAACUGUUCAGUCCGCCCCUGAGAUGAGUGCAGUGCUGCGUCUGGAUGGCAGAGUGGUUGGCCGGACCAAGUGGGCCACAGUGGGGAAGCUCACCUGGGACCAGACCUUCUGUUUACAACUGCAGCGGUCCCGUGAGCUGGAGAUGGCUGUGUUCUGCCGGGACCCUCAGACUAUGUGUGCGGUGAAGUUUUUGCGUUUGGAGGAAACAAUGGAGAAACAGCACCAGACUGUAGUUCUGGAGCCACAGGGACUACUCCAUGUCCAGCUUCGUUUUAUGGACACAAUCAUUGAACGUCAGCCAAAAGUGAGAAGACAGCGCUGCAUCUUCACAAAAGAACGAGGUAAAAACUUCCUGCGCGCGGCUCAGAUGAACAUGAACUUUGCGACAUGGGGACACCUCAUGAUGCGUAUUCUGCCUCAGUACAGCUCCUUCUCCACCUUCAGCUCAUCUUUUCACACAACCACUCCAGGGGUCAUCCCAAAUAACUCCACAAGCAACCACCAGGACACAGAAACGCCUGCUCAGAACCUCAGCGCACUGCCAAAUGAGCCUCCAAUUAUUAAUUUGAGCAUCUCAGACAAUCCUCCUCUUUCCAAUGGUAUGGACAGGGAAUCCUCAUCUGGCUCCGAGCUCCAGGAAAACAUGUUGUCUCUGAGUGAUUCAGAAGGAAAUGAAGACCAGCCGAUAACGGCUUUGAAGAUGCAGAGAGAAGAUUUCAGAUAUGUGUCCGUUCUCGGCAGAGGACAUUUUGGAAAGGUUUUGUUGGCUGAAUUUAAGAAAAAGGGAAAACUUUACGCCAUUAAAGCCUUGAAGAAGAAAGAGAUCGUGACACGGGAUGAAGUCGACAGCCUGAUGAGUGAGAAGCGGAUCUUCGAGAUGAUAAAUGCAUCCCGACACCCGUUCCUGGUGAAUCUGUUCGGCUGUUUCCAGACGGAGGAGCACGUCUGCUUUGUCAUGGAGUACCUGCCCGGAGGAGACCUGAUGAUCCACAUCCACAGCGACCCUUUCACCGAGGAACAGACCAGGUUUUACUCGGCCUGUGUGGUGUUAGCACUGGAGUUCCUCCAUCAAAAUAAAAUCAUUUACAGAGACCUGAAACUGGACAACAUCCUGCUGGACAGAGAUGGAUACGUCAAAAUGACUGACUUUGGCCUCUGUAAAGAAGGGAUGGGUCACGGUGACCGCACCUCUACAUUCUGUGGUACUCCUGAGUUCCUAGCCCCGGAGGUCCUCACAGAUGAUAACUACACCCGGGCUGUGGACUGGUGGGGGAUGGGUGUGCUCAUAUUCGAGAUGCUGGUGGGAGAGUCUCCCUUCCCCGGUGAGGAUGAGGAGGAGGUGUUUGACAGUAUUGUAAAUGAUGACAUCCAGUACCCAUCGUGCAUACCCCCGACCGCUGUUGCCACUCUGCAAAAGCUACUGAAGAGAAACCCUUUAAAACGACUUGGUUCAGGAGAAAGAGACGCCAACGAGAUCAAGGGGGAGAAGUUCUUUGAGAGCAUAGACUGGGACGCGCUGCUGCUAAAGAAGCUGCCUCCUCCCUUCAUGCCCGUGAUAAAGGCGUCUCUGGAUGUGAGUAACUUUGACAGUGACUUCACAGCACUGAGGCCUGAGCUGUCCCCUCCCUCCUCCCCCACGGCCCUCACCCAGGAGCAGCAGGACACAUUCAAGGACUUCGACUUCUGCGCGCUGCAUGGAUAAAAUGAAACGACUCCACGUGGUAAACAGGGAGAGGAGGUUAAAGGUCCUGUAUUAUGCUAAAUAUACUUUUUAACAUUUUGCUACCAUGCUAAUAAGCUAAUGUUGUCCCUUUAACAAAAACAUAUCUGAAGUUGUGUUUUGUUCAAUUCAUGUUUAAACAUUGUGUGCACGUCACGCCACAACAUUCGUUCCACAAAGAGCCUGUGGGAUUAUGUCAGUGAUGAUGUCAUAGCUCUACCUCCAGGGCAUAAAUUGUCAGCGUGGUAAUUGUUGUUAACAUUACCACGACAGCAUAAAUCUGGCCUCUGUAAAUUGUGAAAUGCACAUAAAACUCAUUGCGGUGAAUAAUUAGGAUAAUAACUUUGGGCCAGUGUAAAGUCUUCAAAAUUAAAUAGUUCCAUUUCCAUGUUUUUAAGACAGUAAAAAUCUGGUAUAGUGCCUUUAAACAAUGUAUUUUAUCG